UGGAUAAUAAUAAUAAUGAUAUCAUUACCUGCCAAGGUCUCCCAUUCGUCUCUCUCUCGCUCUCAUCGAGGCAGAGGAAAAGCCCUGCAAGAGAAUUUUUAUCACCGGACUCUUACGCAAGUCGCAACACUCACCGUACGAUCUGCCUAUUUCCUUCUCUUCUACCGUUCUGACUCUCUGAUCCUGAUCUCUAUGUGCUCAACCCCUGAAAAGUUAUCCCUUAAUGUUGGAAAGGAAGAAGAUGAUUUUAGUGGUACAAGUUUCCUAGCUAAACGAGACAGCAAUAGUCAGGAACCCAUAGGUGUCUCUUCUGCUUCAUCCUCUUCUUCGGAGGAUGGAGAUGACCAGUCUAAUGGGAAUGCCACAAAGCAGUUGGUGCUAUACGACCCAUUGGCUUACAGUGCAGGAAUUGUACCUGCUCCUGACCCAAUUCAGUCCCGGCCUCCAUCAUUACUAAGAUACUCUUCUCCAAAUUCAUCUUCCAGAGUUGUGCCAUCUGUAGGGGCUUUCACUGUCCAGUGUGCCCGCUGUUUUAAAUGGAGGCUCAUCCCAACAAAGGAAAAGUAUGAAGCAAUACGAGAACAUAUUUUGGAACAGCCUUUUUACUGUGAAACAGCUCGUGAGUGGCGGCCUGAUGUAUCAUGUGAUGAUCCAGCAGACAUUUCUCAAGAUGGAAGUAGACUCUGGGCGAUUGAUAAGCCCAAUAUUGCGCUGCCCCCUCCUGGGUGGCAACGGCUGCUCCGGAUCAGAGGUGAAGGAAGCACCAAGUUUGCAGAUGUAUAUUAUCAAGCACCAUCAGGUAAGAGACUACGCUCAAUGGUGGAGAUCCAAAAGUACUUGCAGGAACAUCCAGAGUGUACGAGUGAUGGUGUAUCUCUCUCACAAUUUUCAUUUCAAAUUCCAAAGCCUUUGCGGGAUGAUUAUGUGAGAAAGCGCCCUCCUCGUCUGCCAGCUUCACACGUCACUGGACCUCUUGAACCUGGUGAAGCGAGUCCCCUGGCUUUGACAGGUCCAGAUGACUGUCCAGACUUGCAACUUACUCGACCAGGGCUGCCUCCUUACUUUGAGGCCCCUCUUUUAGAUCCUGUUGGUCGACCUGCAAAGAAGCAAGCUAGAGCUCCCCGAAAAGGAGAUGUACAGUAGGAAGCCAAAAUAUAAUCAGCACAGUGGUCAAAGGUUGAAUGGGCUUGGUCAAUCUUGAAAUAGUACUUGCAAUCCCAAGGGUUGAUCCAGAUAGCUUUUGUUGUUUAUUUCUUUUUCUUUUUCUUUUUUUACUUUUUCAGGGGAUUGGUCACUUUGUAUCUUGUCUCAUGUUGCCUUGUAUUGGUGGAUUCUUGGUUUCCAAAGAGGGGGGGAUUUUUGUGAGAAAGAUGAAAUAGAAAAGGUCAGGUUGGGGAUUAUGCUAUGUUGUUGUAAGCUUAGUGUCUGGACUAUAUCAGAAACACAAAAGAAAAUCCUUGUAGUUUACUACAUGAUAUUGAAUGCAAGGUCAACUGAUUUUCCUCUUUA